CAGUAGUGGAGAUAAGCCGGCAGUGUUUUUUUAGUUUUUGACUUCGAGAUCCAUAUUUUCGCGAUCCAGAAGUUGAAGCAGCAGCGAGCUGCCAAGAUCCUGCAAAUAAGAGAAUUUUUUAAUCUCUUGUACUAUGAGGCGGGCUACUGAAGGAGCAGAUCUACUUUGUGGUAAUAAUAAAUUUCGCGGCUGAUUAAUCUCCUCAGCCGUAUAAUCCAGCAGACAUUACGGAAGUCGGAUAACUCCCGCGGCUGUGCGACAUGUCGAGCGGAAAGCAGCGACUAGCCGAGGGGAACGACGAGGAGACCGGCAGGAAGGAGCGGCAUCGGUCGCGGAGAGAUAACGACGGCCAUGGCGGGCCGACCCGUCCCCUCGCCGCUCUGAUGUCGGCUGCUCCUCACGCGUCGUACGGACAAAGAUCCCCUCAUAGCAGCGACAUGGGACAGAGGCCGCACCGGGAUCCCCCCGCGCACCAUGACAGUCAUUCUCCUUCCCCCGUCGCUGAUAUCUGGGCCGUGUGCUCGAAACCUGGAGGUGGGUUGCCGACUCCUAGGGCCGUGGAGUCGCUUCUUUCUAUCGUGCACGCCGACAAGAGCGACGGACGACGGAAGCUCGCGUCCGCUGACGCCGUCGCACGUCGUCGCGCAGUCGCUCUCGCAGUCGCAGCCACGGAGGAGGAGGCGUGCUUGUCGCAUUUCAUCGCGAAAGGGGGCCUCAAAACCCUAGACGAAUGGCUCCAGGAGGCUCACAGGGGCAAGCACAGCCACGGAAACACCACCACCAGCGGCAGCGGCGGCGGGGGAACAGACACAGUCGACCAGACCGCGUUAGAUGAUCUCCUACUGGCGCUCCUCCGCGCGUUAGCGCGAUUGCCGGUGGACCUAGAGGCACUUAAGAGCUGCGUGGUGGGGAAGUCCGUAAACCAGCUGCGGAGCCACCGCAACGCGGAGGUGCAGCGGCGCGCGAAACGGCUGGUGGAAGUGUGGAAGAGGCGCGUGGACGAGACGCUCGCGGAGAACAUGGGGCGGAAGGGCGGAGCUGGCGCAGGGGGGAGCGCAGGGGGAGGGGGGACAGCAAGCGGAGGGACAGGGGGAACAGGGGGAGCAAAGGGAGCAGGAGCAAAAGAAGCAGGCGAAGGCUCAGCUGGUGCAUCCCCCAGAGUAGUCACACCGACUAUAGUCACACCUGUGGCCGCCUCACCUCUGCGACCUUCCGCUGGCUCCUCCCCUGUGAGUUCACCCACGGGGCUCACAGCAGGCUCGGGGCAGCUUCGGGCUGCCAAACCUAGUGGCUCGGCAGGCGAAGGGGGAGAUCUGGGCGGAACGUCAGGGGCGGGAAAAGGGCGAGGGGGAGGCGGAGGGCGGGAAGGGGGGCGGCCUCCCCCUUCCCCGUUGUCCGUUCCUGGGGACAGCCCCAGGGGCAGGGGGGAAUCGCAAGCGUCGCCUGGGUCUCUGGGCGGUGGUAACCAGAAGGGGCAUGCGGAAGGGUUACAGCGAGCCGGUGGGAGUGGAGGCAGGGUGGUGAGUCCGCGAGGGGGAGGCUCAGCAAGCAAAGGCACAGGGAAGGAACGGGCGGAGGGAGGCGCUACUGGGGUAGGGGGAGAGCGGAAGGGUGAUGCUGGGGAGGCGGAAGCGAGAGACGGGAGGAAGAGAGCGGAGAAGGAAGUGCCGGCUAUGGGGGAUGGAAGUAGAGAAGGAAGUGGAGGUGAUGGGAAGAAAGAAGAAUGCAAGGAGGCGGAGGAGGAGAGAAUUGUGGAGGGAAACGCACACAAGUCAGAAACGGAGGGGAAGGAAGCCAAGGAAGUGGGAUUGUUAAGCGAAGGAAGAGAGGGGCAAGAAGGCGUGAAAACAGGGAGGGAAGUAGAGAAGGGUGGGGAUACGGGAACCAAGUCAGCAAAAGGGGCUGAGGAGGAGGAGGAGGAGGAGGAGGAGGAGGAGGAGGAGGAGGAGGAGGAGGGAGAGGGAGAGGGAGAGGGAGUUAAGGGUAGUCAUGGGAUUUCAAGUGCAGAAAGAACAGGUGAAAGAGUUGCUGUCCCAGGUGCUGGCGCAGGGGCUACUGCUGCGUCUGAUGUAGCUGGUGCUGCUCCUGAGCCGUCUGAUGCGCAAGGCAGGUUGGAGGGGCAUGAGGGCGCGAGCAAACCGCAGGUAGAGGCUGUGCGUGUGAAGGAGGAGGAGGAGGAGAAGCGGAGGGAGAGGAGGGAGGGGAAUGAGGGGAGGGAGGGAAAGGAGGGGAAGGAGGGAAAGGAGGGAAAGGAGGGGAAGGAGGGGAAGGAGGGGAAGGAGGGGAAGGAGGGGAAGGAGGGGAAGGAGAGAAAAGAGGAUAAGGAAGGGAAUGGGGGAAGCGAGGGGAAGGCUGGCAGCGGCUCACCAGCAGAGGCAGAAGCACCGCGGUUGGUUGAAGAGGGAAGGGCAAAGGACGGUGAAGGGGUGGGAGGGAGUAAUGAAGAGAAGGAGGGUGGGGAGAAGGCUUGCUUGAAGGAGACGAGAGGUGAUGCAGGACGGGAGGACGAGGCAGGGACAGCUGAAAACGUAGUUGCCGACACUCGUGUGGUGGAGGAGAGAGGCGCAACUCUGGCCUCUGCUGCCGCCGCGGCUGCUGCUGCUGCUGCUGCUGGCUCUCCUUUGGCCUCUGCGGCAAAUUCUUUGGGCGCCGCUGCUGCAGGUGCUGCAGGUGCUGGUGCUGGUGCUGGUGCUGGUGCUGGUGCUGGUGCUGGUUCUGGUGCUGCUGGUGAUGCUGCUGCUGCUACUGGGGGCGCUGAAGCAGCAGAGGGAGGAGACGCUGCGGCAGCAAACCGACUAGUGGUGAAGAUUCCAGUACUCAAGAAGAGCCCUGCUAGUAGCCUAGCCACUGGGUUAGAGGGCUGUGCGGGCCUCAGCUCUCCCAUGCGCAGCAGCAGUGAUAAGGCGUCUAGUGGGAGUCGCAGGGAGGAGGAGGAGAAGGGGAGGAAGGUAAGGAAGGGGAAGCAGGAGGAGGAGGAGGGGGAGAGGAAGAGUGGGGUGGAUGGGAAGGGGAGAGAGAAGAAAGGGGAGAGGGAGGGGGAGGGGCGUGAGGUGGAGAGGGAGAAGGAGCAUAGUAGGAAGAGAGAGAGGGAGAAGGAUAGGGAGAAGGGGAGGGAGAAGGAUAGAGGGUCUAAGGAGAGGGAUAGGGAGUCUAAGAGGAGCAAGCAUAAGCAUCGGGAGGGGAAGGAGGGGAAGAGAGACAAGGGGAAGGAGAGGAAAGAGAAGAAGGAGAAGGAGAGGGAGAGGGAGAGAGAUAAGGAGAAGAAGGAUAAGGAUAGGGAGAGGGAGCAUAGGAAGGAGAAGGAGAAGGAGAAGGAGAAGAAGAAGGAGGAUAAGGAGAAGAAGGAGGAGGACGCAGGAGGGAAGGGGUCAGCUGCAAACAAAGACUCUGGAGAAGAAAGGAGGAGGGAAGAAGAAGAGGAAAGGACGGAUAGGGAGGGGUCAAAGGCAGGGAGAGAGAGCAAGGGGCAGGGCGCGGAAGAGAGUGCUCCAGAUGGGUUAUUUGCGGGGAAAGCACGGAUGGAUACUGCAGCCGGAGGUGAGCUUCGGGGGUGUGGAGGAGAGGAGGAGAGCCGGCAGCAGCAAGGAGAGCAGCAGCAGCAGGAGGGGGAGCAAGCGCAGGAGCAGCAGCAGGAAGAGGGGGAGCAGCAAGCGCAGGAGCAGCAGCAGGAGGCAGCUGCAGGUGGCGAUGAGAGGAGGUUGAUAGUGCGCUUCUCUGUGACCAAGAGACCGAAAGGGGAGGAGGAUGCAGCGGAUGGGAUUGGAACUGCUUCUGAGGGUAGAGUAGAGGGGCACCAUGGCAGGCGGUUAGAGAGCAGGGAGGGGAGUCCUGGCAGCAGCAAGCGGGCUAGUGCGGAUGAUUCUGACGCGGCGCUGAAGCAGGCACAUGCGGACCAGAUGAGAGACAGGAAUGCAGGGGAAGAGGCGGCAUGCAAGGAACCUUCCUCGAUGGAAGGUUCUGGGAAUGGGCCUGCGGAGGUGCGCGGUCACGCUGGGUGGUUGGGACGAGAGGGCGAGAGAGAACGGGAUGGAGUGAGAGAAGAAGAUGGGGCGAGAGACAGGGCUAGCGAUCCUGGGCUUCUAGGAGGAGGGUUGAAGGCUGAUGCAGCGGUGCCAAGUGGUGGAGGGUUGGCAGGGCGGCAAGCUUCGGACUACCUGUCUCUGCCGCCCAGAAGAAGAGGGUCGGACAGCGACCGGCCCCGGGCGCCCACUGGCUCUAGCAUAGUCACGGGCAGGCGGUCAGCUGUGAUUAUUAAGGGCACGGUCAUCCCCUCACCGCUCUCCCACCGCCCGGUCAAGAAAGUCAAGGCAGUCAAGAUGGCUGCAGUCGCGUCUGUCAUGGAAGCCUCUCGCCCCAGCACCCUCCCCCCCUCCCCCCCUUCCUCCACUCAAGACCCGCCUUUGAGGCGCCUCAAACCCAGCUCCCUCCCCUCCUCCCCCCCUCCCUGCUCCCACGACCCUUCCCGCCACCCCCCCACCGCCUCUCUCUCCUCCCCUCCUCUCGCCCCAGCCCCCUCCUCUCCGUUACUCUCUCGGAUUCCCAAGGGGAGGCGCUCCCCUGUGCCGUGGUUGCCCCUGGGUGGGUCUAGAGGGCCGUCUCCUGCUGUUUCUGAAGGGGAGGGGGGGGAGGGAGAGAGGAGGAGUCCCAAGGGGUUGGGUGAGGUUGCAAGUAGGCCGAGAGGUGUGAGUGAUGGUGGAAGUGGUGCACCUGCUGUCGCUGCUGCUGCGGGUUCAGCUGUUGCUGCUGCAGAUGCUACUGCUUCUGGAGAUGUAGCUGCUGCUGCUGCUGCUGGUGGGAGUGAUGAUGCUGAUGUGGACAAAUCAGGAGGUGCUUUUUCGCCAAAAGACAAUCCCAAGGGGGCGAGAAGAGAGGUGUUGGAUUCUCAAGGGACGGAGGGCGGGGGCAACUGCAGCAGUGCAGGUGCGGACGAGGAUCUGCUGCCCACCGAGACUGCUACAGUACUGGCAUCACUUAUGAACGUGGCUAACACAGACAGGGCUGAACCGGGUGAGGUGCGGACUGGGGGAGGCACUGAGGGGGUUUUUGAGGGGGCUGGCAAUGGCGGCAGAGAAUUAGGGUUUGGAGGCUCUGGGCAGAAGAACAUGGAUGGGGAGUCAAGAGCGAGGGAAGAGGGAGGGGUGACGGGAGAGCGGGGAGAGGGGAAGGGCGAGGAUGUGGGAGGGAGGAGUGAGGGGAUGGCGGUAGGCGGUGAGGGCGCGGAGGAGGGGCCAAGUGCGGACCAGCUAGCCAUUGAGUGCCUGCUGAAGGCUGCAGAGGCGAAGGACGAAGGGGAUGGGGAGGAUUCUGGCAGCCAGGAUGGCAGAGGGAAGCUAGGGGCCAUAUCAGGGGCGGCAGCAGGGGCAUCAGUAGAUUCAGCAGGAGGCAAGGCAACAGCAGGAGCAGGAGCAGCAGAUGUUGAGGCCGAGGAGGAGGAAUUAUCUGUAGCAGCGGUGCUGGCGUCUAGUGGCUGGCAGAACAAGGGGCGGCAAAACGGGCAGGUGCUCCCGAAAUCGGGCUUCUUGGAUGGCAUUCCCACAGCGUCUGCUCUCGCCUCUGCUGCUGCAGCUGCUGCUGCUGCCAGCGCUGCCCUGCACGCGGCCUCCCUGUCUUCUGCCCCUCUCCCCCAUGCUGCCGCCAUGUCUGCCCCCUCUCUUGCUGCUGCCAGCGCUGCCCUGCAUGCUGCCUCCCUGUCUUCUGCCCCUCUCCCCCAUGCUACCGCCAUGUCUGCCCCCUCUCUUGCUGCUGCCAGCGCUUCCCUGCAUGCUGCCUCCCGGUCUUCUGCCCCUCUCCCCCAUGCUGCCGCCAUGUCUGCCCCCUCUCUUGCUGCUGCCAGCGCUGCCCUGCAUGCGGCCUCCCUGUCUUCUGCCCCUAUCCCCCACGCCACCCCCAUGUCUGCCGCCUCUCUUGCUGCUGCCUCACAAAGUCCCUGGCGGGCUGCCCUUGCUGUGGAGAUUGAGAGGGAGAAGAGCCAGGGUGCGUGGGUAGCAGGGGCAGAGACGGGGUUAGCUGGGGCCCAUGCUGCUGCUGCUGUGGGGGGGGCAGGUGAGGGGAAGAUUGGCGCGGGUUUGGCUGGAGGAGCGGGGAAAGGGGGGGGGGUAGAUGGGGACAAGCAGGUGCGGAUGCCUGUGGCUAAGCGGCUGAAGCUGUGCUCUGAUGGGGAUACUGAGAGUGUGGAGAGUGGGGGAGUGGGGGUGAAGAGGGGGAAAGGGAGUGCGAAGAAAAGGGAAGAGGGAGAGAGGAAGGCAGAGGGGGAGAGGAGGGAAGAGGGUGGGAAGGAAGAAGGGGGAGAGAAGAAGGAAGGGGGAGAGAAGAAGGAAGGGGGAGAGAAGAAGGAGGGGGGAGAGAAGCCGAAGGUGACUAGGAGGAGGACAGGAGCAGGGGCGGCUAAGGCAGGGCUAGAUGGGACACAUAGGGUGGGAGGAGGGGGGAAGCAGCGUGGGCUUGGUAAGCCCAAGGACGGGCCAGCAGCAGCAGCGCCAGCUGGGACAGCAGUAGCAGCCGCAGUAGCGGCGGCGGCGGCUGCGGCAGGGGUAGCAGCGGCGUCAGUAGCAGCAGCAGCAGCUGGUGCAGGGGCAGCAGCAGCAGCAGCAGCAGCAGCAACUGGGGCAGGGGCUGGUGGUGUUGGGUCGAAAGAGGAGAAGCAGGAGGGUGCAGGGGAGGCGGAUGGAAAGGUCGCAAUGCCGAAGAAGCAAGAUAAGCUGGAGAAGCAGGAGAAGCAGGAGGAUAUUCCGCUGCGGCGGUUGCAGAAGCAGCAGGCAGCAGAAAAGAAGGAGGCCAAAGCUCGCCAGCAGCAGUUGAAGCAGCAGCAGCAGCAGCAGCAGGGGGCUUUGAGCAAACAGGAGGUGGGGGAGGAGGAAGGAGCACUGGCGCUUCAACGGCUGCAGCAGGUUAUGCUGCAAGGCCAAGCAGGGCCUGCAAAGCAUCAGCAGCAGCCGCCGCCCCAGUCAGUGUCACACUCACAGGCACACAAGGGACCACCUUUACAAGCACAAAAGGGGUUACAGGCUCAAAGGGGUCUACACUCACCUGCACAGAAAGCGUCACAGAUGCACGCACAACAGGCGCAGCAGGCACAGGCGCAAAGAGGGCUACAGGCGCAAGCACAGCCACACAGAGGGUUACCGUUACAAGCACAAAAAGGGUUACCGUUACAAGCACAAAAAGGGUUACCGUUACAAGCACAAAAAGGGUUACCGUUACAAGCACAAAAAGGGUUACCGUUACAAGCACAAAAAGGGUUACCGUUACAAGCACAAAAAGGGUUACCGUUACAAGCACAAAAAGGGUUACCGUUACAAGCACAAAGGGGAGUACAGGCUCAAGCAGCGAAGGCAGCGCACGCACAGGAGAAGCAGGGGCAAGCUCCAGGGCCGAAAGCAGGUGGGGCUGCAGCAGGGGUUUCCGCUGGGACAAAGAGGAAAGCGAGCAGAGCACAGAAAGCCCCGGAGGGAGCGAAGCAGCAGCCACAACCACAGCAGGCACAGCGGUCAGAGCAGCAGC